UAUACACGCACACACAGAGUGCACUCCCCGUGAAGCCUGAUCCCCUUCCCCUCUGUGCUGUUACCUCUCCCCUGGUCGGGUUGCCGGUGUGUGUGUGUGUGUGUGUGCGUGUGCGUGUGUGUGUGUGUGUGUGUGCGUGCGUGUGUGGCUCGCUCCCUCCUUUCCUCCCUGACAUUCCAGCUGUGCUGAGGGGUGGACUGCCGGAGCGGGAGAGAGGAGAGAGCAGGCGCUCUGAGGGGUGAAACGCACAGUUUGGAAACACUCCUCUUCUUCUUUCCGUCCCCUCGCUUCGUUCCGCUCUCCGCGGGCGUUGCCACGGCUGCGUUUCGGAGUCUUUCCUCACAGCUGAAGCAUCCCCUGAAGCAGUCACUCCGCGCCCCAGAGGAGAGUUUGGGACUCAGACCCCAGGAUUACGCUUGCCCAGCGAGGGAAAGAGCGCUCUUUCAGGAACGAGGGGCUCUGAAGGCCCUGGCGCCAUGGCAACCCUACUGCAGCCUAGCAUCAACAGCCUACAGAGCACAGGUGAGAACAGAUCUGUGCCUCCGUCACCCUCCUGCUCCCCUGCCCGAAAUGACUGCAGCAUCGCCCCCCUCACUCCCUCCCCCUCCCCAAGGGCGGUCCUCAGACCCCGGGUGGCGCGCCCCUUCUCCGUGGUGGUGGCCAUCGAUUUUGGCACCACGUCCAGCGGCUACGCCUUCAGCUUCACCCAGGACCCCGAGGCCAUCCACAUGAUGCGGCGCUGGGAGGGUGGCGACCCUGGCGUGGCCAAUCAGAAGAGCCCCACCUGCCUGCUGCUGACGCCCGAGCUCCGAUUCCAUAGCUUCGGGUUCGCUGCGCGGGACAGCUACCAUGACCUGGACCCCGAGGAGGCCCGGCACUGGCUGUACUUCGACAAGUUCAAGAUGAAGAUCCACAGCACCAGCGACCUCACCAUGGAGACAGAGCUGGAGGCGGUGAGCGGUCGGCGGGUCAGGGCCAUCGAGGUGUUCGCCCAUGCAUUGAGGUUCUUCCGCGAGCACGCCCUCAAGGAGGUGAAGGAUCAGUCCUCCUCAGUGCUGGAGGGGGAUGAGGUGCGAUGGGUGAUCACUGUACCAGCCGUAUGGAGGCAGCCAGCCAAGCAGUUCAUGAGAGAGGCUGCUUACCUGGCAGGGCUCGUCUCCCCGGACAGCCCCGAGCAGCUCCUCAUCGCCCUCGAACCCGAAGCCGCCUCCAUCUACUGCAGGAAGCUGCGUCUGCACCAGGUGAUCGACCUCAGCACCCGGCCGACGGCCAACGGCGUGGAGCCGGAUGGGUCCCACCUCUUCGACUCCAGCUUCAGGCAGGCGCGGGAGCAGCUGCGCAGGGCACGCCACAGCAGGACCUUCCUGGUGGAGAGCGGGACGGGGGAGCUGUGGUCCGAAAUGCAGACAGGUGACAGGUACAUCGUUGCAGACUGUGGAGGGGGCACUGUGGACCUGACUGUGCAUCAGAUUGAGCAGCCGCAGGGCACCCUGAAGGAGCUCUACAAAGCCUCAGGGGGCCCGUACGGAGCCGUGGGGGUGGACCUGGCCUUCGAGGCCAUGCUCUGUCAGAUAUUCGGGGCAGACUUCAUCGAGACCUUCAAGGCCAAGCGGCCGGCGGCCUGGGUGGAUCUCACCAUCGCCUUUGAGGCCCGUAAGCGCACAGCAGCCCCCGGCCGGGCCAACGCCCUCAACAUCUCCCUGCCCUUCUCCUUCAUCGACUUCUACAAGAGACACCGCGGCCAGAGCGUGGAGACCGCACUGCGCAAGAGCAACAUGAACAUAGUGAAGUGGUCAUCGCAGGGGAUGCUGCGGCUGACCCCUGAGGCCAUGAAGGAGCUCUUCCAGCCCACCAUCGACAACAUCAUCAAGCACAUCGAGGAGCUGAUGAGGAAGCCGGAGGUGCAGGGCGUGCGCUUCCUCUUCCUGGUGGGCGGCUUCGCGGAGUCACCCAUGCUGCAGCAGGCAGUGCAGGCGGCCCUGGGGCGGAGCUGCCGCAUCAUCAUCCCGCAGGACGUGGGCCUGACCAUCCUGAAGGGGGCGGUGCUGUUCGGGCUGGACCCCACCGUGGUGCGGGUGCGGCGCUGCCCGCUCACCUACGGCGUGGGCGUACUCAACCGCUUCGUGGAGGGGCGCCACCCACGCGAGAAGCUGCUGGUCAAGGAGGGCCGCGAGUGGUGCACCGACAUCCUGGAUCGCUUCGUGGCCGUGGACCAAUCGGUGGCCCUCGGGGAGGUGGUGAGGCGGAGCUACACGCCGGCCCGCCCGGGCCAGCGCAAGAUCAUCAUCAACAUCUACUGCAGUGCCACGGACGACGCAGUGUACAUCACCGACCCCGGCGUGCGCAAGUGUGGCGCCAUCACCCUGGACCUGCCCGAGCCGGCCCCUGGUACCGCCGGCGCCGACCGCAGGGAAAUCCGCGCCACCAUGCAGUUCGGCGACACCGAGAUCAAGGUGACCGCCGUGGACGUGGUGACCAAUCGCUCCGUCCGCGCCGCCAUCGACUUCCUGUCCAACUGACCCGCUUAGUCGGCUGCAGAUUCGGCAUUGGAGGGGGGGUGGGGUGCCCUCUGAAGACCUGUGUUUGGAGACGCAUUACACUACCUUUUUUACUCUAUAUAUAAAGACGUUUCAAAUCAGCGAUACUGUGUGGCACCCCUGCUCUGACAAAGCUGCAUCAGCUUCCAUAGGCCAUUUUCCAACAUCUUUUUUGCAUAUUUCCCAUCAUGUUUUUCUAUGCACCUCACCCUGACCACAUGUACCUACAUCAGUUUGUUACCAAAAGUACAGGCCUGAGAAUGACCUGGUUUUCAGUCCCUGGAUCCAAAGUGCCUUUUAUCAAGACCAGGAACACUGUGGAGACAACACACCUGCCUCAGCAGGAUAGCUUUCACAACUAUCUGCUCCAUAGGCUGGGACAGCACUUGGGACACCACUAACUAAAGUACCACACCAUAGUUGUGGUAUCGCCACCUAGUGGACAGACACAACCAGUCAAAAAGCUAACUUGGAGGAAUCUGACAUUCACUGCACUGGUCACAUAAAUUGCUGUGGUAAAAAUGUAGUUUAAACACAAAAUAUUAAUGUGUUGUUUAUAAUGAUAUAUUACUGAGAGCAUACACAUGGCACUAGUAAAGGAUGAGACACUAUUUAUGAUCAGGGUAUCUUGUAUGAUUACUUAUGCUUUAUACUGCCAAGGAUGACCGAUCAUUGUUGUGUAAGAACCACUGUACACUUUCCCUGAAAACAACAGCCCCUUUGUACUGGAAUACAGAGCCAUGUCCUCAGAUUUAAUCUGCAUUUGUUAGAUUGAUACACUCAGGCUCUAAGGUCCUGGACUUUGGGAGGUUUGAAGAGAACUUCAGACACUCCAUCCCACCAGAUACUUAAUUCAUGCUGAAUACUGGAUUCACGUGUUUUAACAGAUGU